AUGUUUGUUGGUACGCUGUCGGUGCGCGAGUAUCUCUCGAUUCAGGCUCGACUUCGAGCGAAUCUAAGCCCUGAAAAGAGAGAGAAGCGCAUCAAUGUGGUGCUUACACAGCUGGGUCUUCUGAAAUGUCAGAAUACGAGGAUAGGGAUCAUGGGUGUGCUGAAAGGGAUUUCUGGUAAGAAUUUAAGUUCACACAUCUUGGGGCUGCUCAUUAAUACAGGAUCAUGAAA